CAGAUUAUAUCAAUGGGAAGAAAGCAGAUAGUAACCACGGAGAGGGGGAACUGAAUGGCGAUUUUCUGCUCCUACACAAGGCAGACAUCACCGCCGUGGUGUUCUCGGGCUGUAAGAAGGAGGAAAAGAAUUUGCUCAGUGAGGUUUUCCAAAAUGAGGGCACGCACAAUAGAGGUCCAAAGUCAGAGGGGUACAUUUUACUAGACAAGCAGGUCGACCAGUACGAAAUGUUAAAUAUUCAGUGUACAUUUAAAGUACAGAAAAAUUUCGAUAAGACAAAGUUGGUCAUUCUUUUGGUGAAGCAACUGGAGAAAGAGUGUGUCAACAUGGAGGGUAAAAAAUAUGCGUGCCACGGAACAGUGCAAGAUUUAAAAGAAGAUGAAACGUUUAUUUUUACCAACGAGUUGGAGGACAAUUUAGUCAUUUCGAAGGUGUCCUUUUUGUUUGUUAAUUUGAUACCGUUUAAUGGGUACUACACAUUUGACCUCUUAAUAACAGAUGGGAAUAAUUUUGUAAAAAUUGAUUUCUUCAAAAUGUACUUGCAUUUUUUUAACCACUUACCGAUCGUACAGUACCCCCUGGGCGAAAAAGAAAACGCUGUAGUUCGGAGCGUCAUGAGAAAGGAACUACACAGAAGGGACCACAUGUAUACGCAUAAACACGUGGUACAUACGCACAAGGAUUAUUACUCUCUUCCUAUAAUACGGAAAAGAAGCGUAAUUUGUGGAAAGGCUAAACCCAAGAUGGUAAAUCCAGUUAUGCCCAUGGCACUCGUCACUUUGUUAUUUCUCCUCUUUUUAAUCCAUAUGUAUUUUAUUUUCCCCCAUUUGAAGUACAACAUGAAGAAUAUGAACACGAGUUAUUUUAACUACGCUUUUUUGUUUUCCUUUGUGUGUGUAAUGCUUUUGUUUGUUUUGUAUGAUUUGUUUUUUAACCUCCUUCAAAUGCUUUAUAUUUUCCCCUUUGUGUUUUCCCUUUUUUUGGUAUUUUUUUACAAAGCUUUGAAUGCUUUACGUGAGUACAGGAAAAGCGCUUCCU